UGAGACCCAUAGUCUGUGUCAGGCUCAUAGACAACAUGACACGGUUACUGCUUGGUGUACUGCUACAGUUGCUGGUUGCAGCCUGGGCACAAUAUGAUUACUACUCUCAACAUGACUACACAGAUGAAGAUCAGUGGGUUAACCUCUUUAGGCAAGGUUUCAAUUUCCAGUGCCCUCAUGGACAGGUAGUGGUUGCCAUAAGAAGCACAUUUAGCAAAAAAGAUGGAUCAGACAGAAGAUGGAAUUACGGUUGCAUGCCAACCCCUCAUGAAUUUGGAGAACCUACAGAAUGUUGGUGGGAAGAUAUCAACAGAGCUGGACUGGAAUGGUAUCAGACGUGUUCUAAUAAUGGACUGGUAGCGGGAUUCAGCAGUCAGUACUUUGAUUCUGUCUUGGAUAGAGAAUGGCAAUUCUACUGCUGUCGUUACAAAAAAAGAUGCUCUUAUAGCUGCUGGUUGACACAAGAAUAUCCUGGACAUUAUGGCGAUGACGUGGACAUGGUUCUAUAUUCCUAUGGCUAUUACAUAAGAGGAGCAACCACAACCUUCUCUGGAGUGGAUAGGGAUCGUCAAUGGAAAUAUAUCGUUUGUCGAAUGACAGAUUUUGACUGCGAAUUUGAAAACUUCUAGAGAAAGCCCUAACACAAUGUACUAUCGAUACUGGAUGUUACAAAACCAGAUUUCUAUUUCAGUUUCUGCCUUUGCUUGUAUGAUUGUUCGUAGAAGUUAUGAUAUAUAUUGCUUUAUGGCUACCUUCACACUGCAAUGGCCGUCAACUCAGCAGCUGCUUAAAGCUUCUCUGGGACAAAAUAAGAAAUAUCCUUAUGCCAAAUAGUACAGAUAUAAAAGCACAACAAUGGCCACUUAUCAUGUUAAUUACAUACAAGCUAAAUGUUGUCUUAAAAAUUUUGGAAUUCCUAGUAUGUUGUAUGAUGUCAUAAGUAAAUGAAAUGAAUGCCAGCUCAGAUAGAUUACAUUUUCCAAUACGCACAAAUUAUUACCAUUUAUAUCUUUACAAGAUCUUAUACAAGGUCAAGCUAGUGAAUCAAUAGGUGGAGUUUGUGUUUUUAAUGGAAGCCAGACACAUCCCAGGUUCCCAUUUUCAAUGACCUGUUUGGAUGGACAGCUUCUCCAUUUAUGAGUCCCAAUGAGUUAUUUUAGGUUUUUUGGGGUUUUGUUUUUUUUACUCUGUGAUGUCCAUGGGGCUUGCAGAUCCUCUUUUUACUUUAUAUUUUCUCUGUGGCAUGCAGGUUGGGAAUCGAAUGUAAGAAAUAUAACAAAUUAUGUACAAGCUAAAAUAAAAUACUUUGUAUGGCU